AAUCGCAAUAUUUAAAUUGUGUUCACGCUUUGUGGGGUUCUCGAGUUCCAUAUGUACAUCCAUUCGUCAACAUUCUAAACAACAAAACGUUUCUAGACGGACAAGUAUAAAGACUAAACCUCAUCAUGGAGCAUGAAGAGUAUGCUCGUGAGCUGGCUGCUCAUUACAAAAUCAGUCCACAAUUGCCUUAUCACUCCAUCAUCGAAGAACUAAAGAAUGUGCUUGAUUCCAAGCGUUUGGAUUUGCAGAAAUUAUAUAAAUUGAAAGCUGGGGUUCAAAAGCUUCGAGAUGCUGCAGGAAAGAGUGUAUCUGCUAUCAUGCCUCCAAGCAAUGACUUCACGAGCGGACCCAAUUUUACUGGGUCCAAAGAAGGCCAUACACUGGAUCGGAAAUCUAGUCGAGUCACCACAUCAGCGGUUAUCAAAAGUAUUAAUAGUGAUGUUCAAGACCUUGCAGAAGAUAUACGUGAUUUGGAAACAUCACUUCUUUUACUAAAGCACUGUCAACCCAGUUUCGACCAACAAAGUGCUGUGAUAAAGUCAGCCAACCGUAGUGACAGUAUUGAACAACGCCUCGCAGAGCUGCAGAAAGCGUUAGAUAUAGAGCUGCAGGUUCGCAGUGGAGCGGAACGUCUGAUUCAAACAUACAAAUCGGGCCCUCGUCAUUUUCUCGAGGAAGCUAGGAAGCAGUAUGAAAAUGCUAAUAAUAAAAUCGGAUUUAUUCGAAAUCAGAUGAUUCGCGUCAAGCAAAUGAAUGAAGGGUUCUGCCAGACAGAUACCUCGUCCAUUGCAUCGCGUUCGGAAAAUACAUCUGAUACAGCUAAAGCAAAUGGCUCCAUAAAUACAUCCUCUUCUGUUUCCAAUCAUCAAGAGAGUUUUCUUAUAUGGAAAGAUAAAGUAAUGGAAUUAGCCCACCGUUUGCGAGUUGAAAGAGCUUUAUUCGUCGGGAGUAAGAAGGCUGUUAAUGCCGUUCUAGACAACCAAAUUCAUGUGGACAAAUCUAGAAAGUUACAGGCGUUACAAGAGGCUCGUGAAUCUCUCCAUAGACUUUAUUUGUUUCAAGAAUCAAUCAAACCGCUUUUAAAGAGACCGCCACCAACACACUUUCCCGAGAUGAUUUCUUCUAUUGUCGAUGACCCUGAAAUGACUGUACUUUUAUCCUCACCUUGGAGUAAUACUACAUUUCAUGGCAAUAGCUCAUUGAUAAUUCCCAGUCCACCAACUGCGAUCACUGGAAGUUUGGAGGUUCGUUGCUUAGGUUGUCAGGAUAUCGUUGAUCAUUUUCCAGCUGAGAUUGUAAAUAAUGAACUUUCUGGCACAUCAACAUCCCGGGUUCACUCUGUUCCAUCAGUUAUGACAUCUCGCACAUCUGAGAAUCACUGGGUGGAUGUUCGAUGCUCUUUACUGAUUGAUCAUAAACGUGUAUGGGACUCACCUUGGCGUCAACCUAAUCAGCAGUGUUGGGACUCAAAGACUACAUUUAAUAUCGAUCGUGGCAAAGAACUGGAAGUUCAGGUAUAUUGGAAGCGUACGUUUCUUCCAAGCUCUGUUACCACUCCUUCAGGAUCCUCUGCUUCAUCCAAAAGUGGUUCGUCUGAGGAUUCUGGUUCUGGAUUAGAGUGGGUUUUAGCAGCCGUAAAUUAUGUACGCCUUGAAGAACUACUUGGUGGCGAAUCACGUUCUGUAAUGCUUCCUAUGUUACCAAUGGGGAAAGUUUUCCUUGUCCUUAAAUUCUCUGAUCCUCUUCUUUCCAAACCUCGAUGCGGCUUACAUCGCCAGAAACGCUUAUUUUCCAAGCGCAAAGGAAACAAUAUUCCUCGUAUUAAUGAACUUGAUAUGAAUAUACCCUUAUGGACCCGUUUGCUUAAAAGCGGUCAGUUAUCUAAAAUGAGUCGUUCCGUUGUUAGUGGUUCAUGGACACUUAAUCAUUCAAAAGAAUUUGGAUCUUCAGGAUCUGUAAUGAUGCAUGGUCUAGAGGGUCGCUUCCAACAGCUUAAUACUUCUCUUAGCGGUUCACCAGUUUCUGCUCAGGCUUUUAAUGGCAAAUCUCAUUUAAAUACUUCUAAAUAUCGAGAAUCGCCAUCUGCCUUCCCCACCAGAUCAGUCAAUAUCACUGAUACGAUUAUUCAACAGCGUCCAUUAGUUACAAUUAUUCGUGAACCAGAUGCCUUACGGGAAAAAAAUAUUACAUUAACUGAAAAGGAAAUAAAAACCCUACGUAAAAAAUCUCUUUUGACUGAUGACAUUAAUGACUACUCAUCGACACCCCACCAUCAUGCACCUGCUACUGGAAUCGACUCUUCAUUUUCGCCGGACUACGAUGUUGCGCCAGUUAUCAUCGAGUAUGACAUGGAUAGUAGCUCCCGCAAACCCCCUACUCCGUCCCGUGUUUCAGACUACGCCAAUCCAGAAGACCUUGGUGCUACGGAAAUGAUAUCUAUAGGUCAGAAGGACGUCGAUUAUCGUACUGCAGACUAUAUUAAUAUGGAUGUGCAACGAUCUAAUUCUGGUCCCGUUGUAUUAUCAACAGAAAAAGAAAAUAAAGAUGUUCCUACUUCAGAGUCUCCGCGUACUGCAGCAUCCGAACUCUUCAGUGAAUUAUCAUCAAACAAAUCCACAACAAUACUCAGUAUGAUUGAUUUCCGCACUGUGGCUGUGCUUGGGCGUGGUCAUUUCGGCAAAGUAUUGCUAUCUCAAUACCACCGAGAUAAUAAGUACUAUGCUAUAAAAUCUUUAAAGAAGGCGGAGAUAAUCUUUCGUAAUGAGGUCGAUACAUUAUUGACAGAAAAACGCAUUUUGCAAAUCAUUACCGAUGCACAACAUCCUUUCCUCAUAAACUUAAUUGCCUGCUUUCAGACAAAGGAACACGUAAUGUUUGUGAUGGAAUAUGCACAGGGUGGUGAUCUCAUGUCACUUAUUCAAAAAAAUGUGUUUAAAGAACCUCAAGCUGUGUUUUAUGCUGGAUGUGUUGUUUUAGGUAUCGAAUUCCUUCACUCAAAAAAAAUUGUUUACCGGUAAUCACAUUUGUAUUUUUCUGUUCAUUAUAUUCACAUUUACAAUCUUAAUUUCAUGUCAUUUGAUUUUAUUUAUUUACGAAGAAUAGGUUAUUCAAUUGAAUUAAAAUAAUAUAUUUGUAAAUACACCAAUGAGUAGAAAAAUGAAAGUUUUCUGACGUUUCGUGAUUCAGUAUAAGCCACUUCUUCAAAGAAUAAAUCUAAUUUUGCGACUUAUCGGGAUAUUACACAAAUAUAUUAUUUUUGUGAAUAACAAUCUACCCAAAUGCCCAAUUUAUUUGAAAUUAUCAAGUCAAGCCUUGGUAAUGACACCUAAAAAAUUAUUCAGUUUGUUACUUUUCUUAAUGAUACAUAUAGAAUGAUAGCUACAGAAUGUCUACCCUCCCAUUGGUUGUAAACACAGACACAAUCAAUAAUUUACCCAUAAUUGAUUAACAAUCAUAGAUUUUUCGAGUUUUUACACACACACUCACUAACUUCCCAGUGUCCUUUGAAUCAUGAAUGCUUACUGGUUUUAUUAUUUAGUAACAAUACACUUUCCCGACAACUGGUGUUCUGGAUUUUGAAUAUUUUUAAUUAUACUCACAGUACUAGUAGGGAAAGUUGGGUCGCUAAAAUACUCAGUUAACGGGAUAUCAUAUAUUGAAGACAAAUGAAUAGGAAUUAACGUCUACAAUUGUUCCAUGUACCGUGAUUUUCUUCUAUACUCCAAAAGAACUCACUCGAUCUUCAAUUUAAGUUAAUACUUUCACAGAUAGUGGAAACGUCAUUAUUUUUGAUUAAAAACCAUUAUAAUCUAUCGCCAAUUUAAAUUUGGUGUAAAAUGCCAUUAAACUUAAAUAGAUCAUCUAUAUAUCGAAGAUAGUGUAUUAUCUAAAACUGAAUUGUAACUAACAUACUUCAGAUAACUUCCUACAUGAUUGCUUACUCAUCUAUUACUAUUCAUCUCAUUACUUUACUAACACGAGUUUAAUUUCUAGGUUCUGGUGUUCUAGUGUUUUAUUUACUAGUUUGUUUAACGUUAUACAAUACCUAUUUGUUUAUUUAUUUAUUUAUUCAGUGUUCAUGCAAUCCUUGAGAAACAUGUAACAUAAAUAACAUAGAUUAAAUUUACUGUGCAAAUUCUAUCCUAAUCAUAAUCUUUUCAGUUUAAUUAUAAAAACCAAAUGUAUAAAAUUAUUUUUUCUGUCUAGAUUUAUCUAAAACUUUAUUCACAUUGUUUAUGUCAAAUCUUACUUUCAUUGACUACAUAUAUGGUUAUAAAGUUUAAUCAAUUAAUUUUGAUAUGAUACAUUCUAAUCUUAUUAUUAGACAUAUUGAAAUGAUAUUAAUUUUGUCAUUUAUUGAACAAGGAUUUAUUGGUUCAACAAAAUAAUUUCACAGAAGUUAAUCACUAAGUUGAUUAUUCAUUCAACUGUAAUAAAAUCAAUGUUAAGUUGUGUUUUUUUUGUUUGUUCUUGGCGCUAUUCAAAUUCUAUCGAUCAAGUUGUAAUUUGGCCAUUAAUCUGAUUGAUCUAUUAAAGUAGUCUGGCAUUUAUCUAUAUUUAAACAUACUAACAAUCGGUAGUGUGAAUUAUUUUUAAGGUCAUCCAUUCUGAAUGAUUAACUAUUGUCUAGUUGUAUUGUUAUUGGUUUUGACAAAAAAAAAUUCUUACCAAUUUGUAAACAUCAUUAACUAUGACAAAUAAUAAGCAAAUAUUAUUCACUAUUGUUUGAUUUCAAUAUUCAGAUUAGAAUAACAAAUAUAUAAUAUUGUAGAAAUUUCUCUGUUUAAAAUGGUCAUAAUUUGACUGUUUACCUUUUUUUUCUCUCCAGAAAUUGUAGACUAGUUAAGGUUUCUGAUGAGCUGAUUUUCUUUGUAUAUUUAGUGAUGCAAACAGGAGAUACAAUAAUGUUUAUUGUUUACAUUGAAUUCACAAUAUUUCAUAUUGAUCAUUAUUUGAAUAAUAUCGAAUGAACUAAAAAUGGUAUCUACAAUGAGGCUAUCAACAAGAAGCCUUGUAUAUAUAUACAUUCUGUAAGAGUUAAUGGUCGUCAACAGCGAAAUUCAGUUCAUCUUUUGUGAUGAAUGUAACUGAACACGAAACUUGUGUCUUAUGCUUCCGGUCAAGCUAGAAACGUUUGUCUGAUUUUUCAGUUCACGCACUGUCAAAUGUUUCUUUAAGAGACAAGAAUGUUCUUACGUAAAUAGGAAUCUAUGACGAAUUUCUUCAGAUGGUAUAACAUAGUUUGCAUCUCUUUGGUAGUAUAAUAAGCACUUGGAUGUCACUAUAUGUGUGAGAUUUUUGUUAUUUCUAUUGUAUAGUUGUAGUUAAGAUAAAUUAACCUGGGAUCAUUUAGUGUUUCUCUUUGUUUACUACACCGAACAUAGUCACACCGGUAAUUGAAUCCUGCUGAACGUUCUGUAGGUUUAUCAUGUAGUCCCUCUUGCUCAAACAACCUGAGUUUUCAUGAAAUCUAUGAACUUACUGCUACUACUAUAUUAUUGACACUGCUUAGUGUCCUUCAGCAACCAAAAAGUAUUUUGUGAUGACUGUUAAACACUUUUAGUUGUUAUAAAUGAUACAGAUCCUUCAUGUUAUUUACGUACACAGUUUCAGGGUAUUUCUUAUGCCUUUUACUUUCAUAUCGACUUUAUAUGUGCCUGUUUGUUGUAAAUUCUCUUACAAUUAUUUGUUUAUAUCAAUGAAUUUCAGGGAUCUGAAACUGGAUAACUUGUUGUUGGAUUCGGAAGGUUUUGUAAAGAUGGCUGAUUUUGGUUUAUGUAAGGAAGGCAUGGGUCCAGAUGAUCGAACUUCCACAUUCUGUGGGACACCGGAGUUUUUGGCCCCUGAAGUUCUCACAGAUUCUUCGUAUACACGUGCUGUAGAUUGGUGGGGCUUGGGUGUUCUCAUUUUCGAGAUGCUCGUCGGCGAAUGCCCCUUCCCUGGUGAGAGUGAAGAAGAAAUUUUUGACAGCAUUGUUAAUAAAAGCGUUUGCUACCCUAAUUAUUUGAGCAUGGAAGCUAAAUUAAUAAUGGGGCGCCUGCUUCGUCGGAAUGCUGCACAGCGUUUGGGAUCUUCAGCUCAAGAUGCAGAAGAAAUUAAAAGACAACCAUUCUUCCGUAAACUAGACUUCCAAGCUCUCUUAGCACAAAAAAUAAAACCACCAUUUGUUCCUGUUGUUUCUGGUCCUGAAGAUGUUUCAAAUUUCGAUGAAGAAUUCACCAGGGAAAAAGCUGUUCUUACACCAACUAAACAACGUCCGCCUCUUCUAGAUGCAGAUCAGUUAAAUUUUUCUAAUUUUGACUAUUAUUCACACUUAGUGUAAUUCCGUAAACGUUUAUCGUUUAUCCAUAUGUAUCUUUUUUUAGGAUAUGGUUACCGGGAUAGUGUAAAAAAAGUAUACCUACAUGUUGUUUUUUAUUUGUGGCCCUAUUUCAUCCCUUAUCUAUUCUUUAUUUUAAACACCCUUUUCUCAAUUGUUUGUUAGUGUCUUCCAUAGUUCAUUUACGGAUGCUUUUAAAACUUGUAAUGAAAAUAUAAAUAAACAUUUUAUCACUUUUUAAAUACAAAAUACUAACUUAUCAUUGAUUAAACUGAAUAAAUGAUAUUCUUUUCAAUCAUUCCUGUUUGUUAAUUAGUGCCUUUAUGUGAAGGCAGUAUUAUGUGAUUUCCAAAUUCACCAAAGUUGUAUUUUUGUUUCUUCCUUUAUUUAAUCUUACCUUUGAUUUUGCCUUGGGCUUUUUGUUUGAUUUCUAAAGCCAUUUUAUGUAUGUAUUAUUGUCCAUAUGUUUGCUUUCAUUUUGCAACAAUAUUAUUUUAUUUGUUUCAACAGGAAUAUUUUAUCUAUUUAUAUACGUAUAUUGCUUAAGUUUUUCUUCUCUUCCUCUCUCUCUCUCUCUUUUGGUCAGAUUGCUAGUAGUAAUUGUGUUCUUUCUUGUCUGUACCGAACAAUUACAUGUUAGAUAGCUCCCAUUGUAUAAUUUUUUUCGUGUGUUGUUUUUUUGUUCAGAGCAAUCAGAGUAAAUAACCAGUAUAUAUACUCAUUGAUAAACAUAAACAUCUGU